UUCGGAGUUCGGCAGCAAACGUCGUCGUCGUCGUCGCGGUGCGUUUUUGUGGAUGCGAAUUUUGUGUGUGAGCGAGUGCAGCGAAAAAUUGGAAUAUUUUCAGCACUUUUCUGGUGCGGCAUAAAAUAGUUCCUGCUUUGUUCGAUUCUGAAAGUGAACCGGUGGGUGUUGAAUUUGUAGGUAAAUCGAAAAAAAUGAGCCGCUUACCCAGGUGAAAAUCGUGAAAGAAAAUCUGCUGGAAUUUUACGCUUUUUCUCCAAUCGGAAUCGAAAGGGAGCGACACACAACGAACAAACACGAAACAAAAAAAGAAUCGAAAAGGCUUCUGCUUCGCAAGCCUUCCUACAUUUUUUUUGGCUGGAAUUUGCAUUGCAGUGGAAAAGAGUUCCCGAGUUUUGAUUAACCGGAAGGCCGAAGCAAUUGAUUUGGCUCGAGUGGUUUCCGAAAUUUGCGGACUGGACACCCGGGAAAACGACAGGAAGUGACCUGAAACGAAUUGGAUAUCGACUCUCGAACUGCAGCGAAGACUACGACACCCUGACAGUACGCGAUGGUAUGCCUCGAAGAUGAAGAAGCACUUUGUGUCAUAAAGGAUCCACGACCGGGCGCGCAACAGUGGAAAUUCAACUUCAAAAUACGAGCCCACAACACGGUCGCCAAUCUGUACGAGUUUGUAGCGUCGCAAACCCUCUAUCCGGAUUUUGAGCUUCUACUUCCCGCCAAGGACAACAGCGAAUCGAGUACCGAGAUUACUUUGCACGACAAAACACAGAAAAAACUUACCGAUGUAGGGAUAAAGCUCGGUAAGCAAAACACAAUCCUUAUUCAACCGAGAGUGGAAGACUACUCUAGUGCGGCUAUCACAGUACAAACGGAUAUGUCUUCCGACGACGGCUUUGAUCUGGGUGCGUCGGCGAGUCCGGUUGAGUCAUCCAGCUACAAUAACACUAUGCCGGCACCACCACCACUUCCGGCGCCGCUAUUCAGCACCGUGCCGGAUAAAGCGGAAGCACAUGUCAUGUCUUCUCGGUUGCGACGAUAUACCGGGGAGAGUUCACAGUCUUCUUCCGUCAACUACCGGGGUCUGGUGAAUCAGGCCAUGACUUGCUAUCUGAACAGUUUGCUUCAGGCACUGUUCAUGACCCCGGAGUUCCGCAAUGCACUAUACAAAUGGGAAUUCGACGGCAAUGGUGAAGCAAAAUCAAUUCCCUAUCAGCUGCAGAAGUUGUUCGUGAACCUUCAGACUUCGCCAAAGUCAGCCGUGGAAACGACCGAUCUGACGCGUAGUUUCGGUUGGGACUCGGCUGAGGGUUGGCAGCAGCACGACAUCCAGGAGCUGUGUCGCGUAAUGUUCGACGCCCUGGAGCAAAAGUUCAAAAAUACCAAACAGGCGGACCUGAUCAAUCGCUUGUACGAGGGUAAAAUGAUCGACUAUGUCAAGUGCUUGGAGUGUAAUACGGAGAAGCAACGGGAGGAUAAGUUCCUGGACAUCCCGCUGCCGGUGCGGCCGUUCAACAGUACCGUGGCCUACGAAAACAUCGAGGACGCUCUACGAGCUUUCGUCCAUCCGGAGAUCCUGAACGGAAACAACCAGUAUCACUGCGAGACUUGCGACAAGAAAUGCGACGCCCACAAAGGAUUGAAGUUCACCAAGUUUCCGUACAUUUUGACGUUGCAUUUGAAGCGGUUCGACUUUGACUACCAGACGUUCCAUCGUAUCAAGCUGAAUGACAAAGUCACCUUCCCGCAGUCGCUUAAUUUGAAUAACUUUGUCAACGCGGUCCCUCAGUCUCAGGUGCAUGACUUCAAAUGCAUGACGACGAUUGUACCCGAGUCCACCAAUGGGAACGGAGCUGCGGCGAUUCAAACGGCCGAGAAUUUCAUGAAGACCUACGACGAGUGCAGCACGACAGACAGCGGAUCGGCCCUGGAGGAGGACUCAUCCUUCCAGAACGGGACGUCCGUUUCGUCGACCACAACCACGCCGAACGAUCAGUUCAUGACGCAGGAAGACGACGAGGGAAUUGACAUGGAGCUGAACGGCGACAGUAAGUCCCCCUCGGUAAGCAACUUCAAUGCACCCGGCCCGUACUUGUACGAACUUUUUGCCAUCAUGAUCCACUCCGGCAGUGCCUCCGGUGGUCACUACUAUGCCUACAUCAAGGACUUCAACAGCUGCAAGUGGUACUCGUUCAACGACCAAACUGUCUCGCCGAUCACACAGGACGACAUCCAGAAAUCGUUCGGCGGCGGUUCCUCAAAGACGUACUACUCCGGUGCGUACAGUUCCAGCACCAACGCUUACAUGCUGAUGUACCGUCAGAUCGAUUCGUCCAAAAACAUUUCGCCCAUUAAGGAAGAGGAGUUCCCAGAUCACAUCAAGGAACUGGUAGCCAAAAUCCGUGACUCGGAAGGCGGUCGCAACAGCAAGGCCGAUUCCGACUCAGCGUAUGUGAAGGUGUACUUUGACAACCCGAGGACUCGGGCCAUCAAGCACUACAAAAUGUUCCUGCUCAUCGAAAACACCUUGGCGGAAACGCUGGAGGAAGCCUAUCGGGUGCUGCAGGUGAAAGGCAUUGUGCCGAUCGAGCGUUGCCGACUAGUUGCGUACGAUCGGCAGAGGGAGUGGAUCGAGAAGAGCUUCGAGGGAAUGGAGAAUGAGAGGAUUGAUGAUACCAUGAGAGAGCUUAAGAGGAGCAGUGAACUGUUGCUGGAAACACGUGAGGAACAUGAAGUGUUCGAGCCGUAUUUACCGGAUGGUUUGAUGACGAAGGUUUACCACGUGAAUAUGGCCACUCACGAUGUCGAUGGGCCGAUCUCGAUUCGGGUCAGCAAAAGCCAAACCGUACUGGAUUUCAAGGAGAUUGUGGCACGUAAGCUAAUUUUGAAUGCCAAGCACGUCAUUUUGGCAUUGAACGAAUACAAGGAAGGCAGCAAAAUUUUGACCAAUAACGAUGCUUCGCUACGUGACGAGAACAUCAUUGACUAUUGUAAGGUGUUUGUGACUGUGAACAAUCCGGAGGAUCCUGAGUUUGGCUGCAAAUUCAAGCAGUUUGUGGCUCGAUUGGAUCAUCUGAUUGGAAUUUACUUUGUUCUACCAAAUAUGGAUCCGGAUACGUUGAAAAAGUUGUCAAUCCCGCGCUUUGUUCCCAAAGUGGUGCCACAGCCGGCGACGGCAGUGGUGAAUGGUAACGGAACCGACGUGCAGAUGACGAGCACCGACAGCAACAGCGAGGAUAGCAGUUUGAGUGACAACGACCGAACGCUGGUAGAGGACGAAGUGCACACGCAGCUGAACGGGGACAUUAGCAAUUUGCAUUUCACCAAUGGUGUCACGACCAACGGUUUCAAGGAUGCUGACGAUGACGAUGAGGAGGAAUCCUAUCUGGCGGAGUGCAGAAAUAACGACUACUACUUCAAGGUGGCUCCACUGGAGUACCACAAUCCGAAUGCCGAUUCCGGCGCGGAGGAAGACAGUAGCAGUAAUAGUAGUGAUAGCGAGAAAGUGAUUAAGGUUCUGAUUGACAAACGCGCCAAUCAUGGAUACCUAAAGUAUAGACUGCAAUCGUAUUUGCAUGUACCGAUGGAGUAUUUCAAGCUGUUCAAGAACUCAGCUGUCAGCAGUCAGCAGGAGAUCACGUUGCUCAAAGAGGAGCUCAAUGCCUACAAAGAUGGGGAUCGUCUAACGAUCGAGCUCGGUCGCGUCCUCCGCAAGGGCGAAUACAAGAUCAACCUGUACUACUUCAACGUAAACGAUGUCGUUGACGACGUCGACAAGCUACCGUUCCUAUGCAACUGGAUCGUCCGCAACGGGCAGCAGGUCGGUCAGAUCAAGCGUGACAUUCUAGCACAUCUGGCCACAUCCGAUAGCAAAUACAGCAACCUUACGUACGAGCGCUGUCGACUAAGGAAGAAGUGCUGGAAGAGCAUCUCCAAGGUGUACACCGACGAGCAGAAGAUCGGGGAGGAGGUGGCGUUGACCAACACCGCUGAUAUGAUCCUCCAAGAAGUGGAAAACCUCCCCAGUGUGACACCCACUCACUACAACGAUGUAGUUCUUCUGAUCCGAAGGUGGCUUCCAAAGGAGAUGAAGCUAGGAAAAAUGCAAGAAAUUUUAUUCCCCAAUAAGUGCGAACUGAAAAACCUGCUUUCAAAAAUUAGCGAAAUUCCCGAGGAAAACAUCGAGUUCGCCAAGCUGCAGCUACGCGACUCGGUGUCGGUUCUACAAAUUCACACCGCUCUUCAGUGGACGUCGACGCCAACCCGGUCCGACGACUACAGCAGCAGUACCAGUUUCCAGGACGGUAACGUACUAUACUACAGAGACAAUACCGAACCACUGGCGGAGUUGACGGCCGAGGAGCGCAAGGAGCUCACCAAGAAGGACAUCCGCAGCAGUUCGACCUACUCGCCGCGCAAGGAACGUGCCCUCAAGAUCUACGUGGAUGCCUCGCCGAAGAAGGCCGACGACUGAUUGCAGCUGGCCGAGUGCAGCACCGGUACCAAGCGAAGAAAAUGUUGCAUCUGAUCGAUAGGGAGAAGCCGAAGUCUGAGCCAGUAAAAAGUGCACUCGUAGUAGCGCCGCAUAUGUAGGUUCGCAACAAUGAGCAGCCAGCCAGCAGCAUAAACUAGCUUUUGUAGAAGUGUAGAAGGGCCUAGAAUGCGCGCGCACGCUGCACCACCAGCAAGUUGAGUUUGUGUAAAAAGAGAGAAACUAUUAUUCAAGUACUGUGUAUAGAUCCAUUUCGAUGUGGAGUUGAGCUAGGGAGAGGAAAUUCAGAAAUGUCCCAUCCAAUACCGUUAGAAGAGCUAGCAGCAGUUUUUUUUUAAUUAUUUUGUACUUGAUUACUUAUUGUUAUCUUUGUUUAAGAAAAAAAAAGCGAUCGCUUUUCAUUGAUAGUUGAUUCAAACUCUUUAUCGCCAAAUCUAUGGUCGUCGUUUUUUUCGAUAUUUCCUCCAUUUCCGAAAUUUCUAUAGUCUUAAUCUUCCAAAAUUUCAAACUUCGAACGACGACCACAGAGUAGACCCCUAUUUGUUUAUGAAUACGCUCAUUAGGUCUAUUUAUAUCCAUAGUAUUGCCUCCGUUGAUGAAACUUUCGAAGUACAUUUCACCACCAGUUCAUAUCAUAGUCAAGAAAACACUGCAGAAGUGGAAGGAAGUCGCCGCGAUAUCAUCAUAGUAAGCAUAACUUUUGUGUUUUUCGCAUCUUUUUUUUUAAACCAAUCCGAAGGAAGGUUUAGUUAUCAGCCAAAGGUUUGUACAGACGGACUGAAAUUUUAAUGGUAUUCAAUUCAUGGAGUCUUCUUCUUCUUUUCUCUAUUUUGGUGUUGGCACAGCAAAAACCGAUAUAUCGCCAGCUUAUUUUCUUUCCAGUCUCGACAAAUUUUCUUCUUCGGAGUUGUCAGUUCUGACAGGCGCCACACGCAACUGUGACUUUUUACUCACCUCGGUGAUGUUAUUACACCUUACUUACAUUUUCUUGUUGAUUUCUUUGAGGAACCGUGUGACGUUUCUUAGAAUGUUUAAAUCUUUCGUUGCAUUUAAAGUGCGAACCUCACUGUUUUCCAAAGCCAGUCCAUGGCUUUUCAGGGAUUGUAUUUUAGAGUGCGAAGUAUUUUCGUCCUUUUCCUAACAUCGCCGUGUAGUGGUGUGUGAUUUUUGAGAUCGGAUCGGAACAGACUGCUGGAAGUAAUUAAUUGGGUCGUGGGUGAAAAUUUUGUUUUUAGCUGCUGUGUCCUGCCUAAUUGCUGCUUUCGUCAGUUGAUCCGCUACCUCGUUGCCUGCAAUCUUCGCAUGUCUAGGGAUCCAUUGGAUGCUGGUUCGCGAUGUGGACGCCAUACGAAGUAUAUCCUGACGAGCUAAUUUUUCAUUCUUUAUAAAUUAUCAACCGGACUUAGAAUCAUACAUUAUAACUGUAUUCUGUAGCUGAUUGCGUGUAAUGUAUUGAAGAGCAUGAUUUUGUAGCUUCAAUGAUAGUCGGAAAUGUCCUCUUUCAUGGAAUACACCUAUGCCGCAUGUAUCAGGGUACUUGGAAGCAUCAGUGUAAAUGAUUUGCGUCCAGCGUACUUCCCGUGAAUCAAUCCUAGUGUGAGCUGUCUGAGGACAACUUCUGAUGUGACUUUAGCUACGUAGUUCCUUGCAUCUGUGCUUCACACUGAACACGAUAAAAAUAGAAAAUUGGUCUGUGUUCUUCUAACAUUUUUUCUAUGAAUGUGAAGUUAUUGCAGCCUUCCGUAUAUCUCUGUAGAGAAUGUUCUAGUUGAUUCCAAAGCACAUAUCCAUUGUGGCAUUGUUUAACUCAAUCCUUUCCAAUGAUGUACAGUCUCCUAAACUCCUUCCUGUGCAGCUAUUCAACGGUAUGCUCUUCGGGCAGCCUGUAAUUUUUUGAACGCAUUGGUUGUUAACGACUCUUGCUGGCAACGCCGUAUAUUGCAGAACCAUAUUCUACGAAGUUUCUCACAAUUCCAUUGAAACAAGCCCCAGAGGACUCGAGUGUCCUCUUCCGCGAGCACCACUGAUCACUUUGAUCAUGUUGAGUCCGUCUGUAGUGCGUCGUUUCAGGUCGCGAAUGUGAGUUCGAAAUCGAAGUGAUUUGUCAAAGGUAAUACCCAAAUAUUUAAAGGGUUUUCAAUUAAGCGUUUCCUAUCUUUAAAGUUGAAUAAAACAAACUGUGUGUGAGAUAUUGAAGAGAUUUAUUUUUCGAUUGAA